AUGCUCGCGGACGGUAUUACGAUCAUCUUCUCGCCCUAUCAUGUUGGGAUUCGUGAUCAUCGUGUGGGAAAUGGUCCUAACCGCAUUCGAGACCUUGGAAUUAUGAAAACACUUGAAAACCUCGGAGUCACUAUUAACGUCGUGGAACUUGACCCAGUGGAUGAAUUUGAGGAUGAGAUUGGCCGAAGUUUUGUACUCCUCCUCCGUUUAUCCACGGCCGUCACGAGAGCCGUUGAGCAGUAUACUUUCCCGCUUAUCCUGUCCGGCAAUUGCAUGGCCAGUGCAGCUGUUGCCUGCGGCCUAGGUAUUGACGACUUGAAAUUCAUCUACUUCGAUGGUCAUGAUGACCUUGAUUCCCCUGAUGUGAACGAGAACGGAUAUUUCGAUGCGAUGGGACUCUCCAUGCUCCGCGGUGAGAGUUGGCACGCUCACACAAAAACGGUGCCUGGAUUCAAGCCGCUGAAAUAUGAUGUUAAUUUCCUGUAUUGUGGACUCCGUGAUCAAAGCGAAGUGCAGCGACAGCGUGUCAUUGAUGCUGGAAUGAGUUCUAUCUGGGGUGAACCGGGAAAAAAGGUCGACUUUGUGACUGAGCUGAGCAAGGAGCUCGACGCAAAGUCCUAUGGGGCCUCUUUAGUUCAUCUUGACUUGGACGUGCUGGACGACUCCCUUGGAAAGGUUAAUGAUUUCCCUUCAUCAGGAAGCUUGUUUGAGUCAGAAUUGAUUCAGUGCAUGUCCCUGGUGCCCAAGAAAAGCAACCCAAAAUCCCUCACCGUUUGUUCUUUUGACCCCGAUUCAGGAGACGGUGAUAGGAUUGCUCGGAUUGCUAUUGAAGCCAUCACCACGUUUGUUCUCUCGCUAGUAUAA